CUUUGUAUAAUUUGACCUUGGAAGGAUAUUUUAAGGUUAGAAUAUUUUCUCCUGGAAAAAAAGAAUAAUACGAUUUAAACUCCCAAAAUAUAUAGUUAAAAAUUGCCAAUUAACAACAUGUAAGCAAUUACUUAAUUUUCGUCUCUCAGAAGGAGACUAUUUCUCAUUUAAAUCAAGGUAAAUAAAAAUCUGUCGUUGUGGCAGAAAAUUAAAAAAUAGGUUAGUUUCUCCGUUCAAGUGGUUCAAGUGCGCGAAAAAUGGCUAUACAAUUUUUAAUAAACCGGCUAAAGGCCCUAUUUCUUCUUAUACUUGGUGCAUUUAGACGUGCCAUGUGUUGUUUUCGACGAAGAAGAAGGUCUUCUUGUGAUUCAAUUCCACUGUCCGCUGUCGGAGUUGUUCCUGACCGACCCAAUAAUAGGGAAGAAUUAGUGCAAUGGGAACAGUGGGAAGAAAAUCCAGUUGUGGUUAUUUCAAAUAAACCGAUAAAUCCCAUUCAGGAAAAAAUUGACCAAUACCGACAGCAAGCUUUUAAACCUCCAUCUCCAGAAGAAGAGCUACAUGCAAAUUUUUUCGAAGAUAUGACACCAAAAAUUACAAAACAAACAAAAGUUUUAAUUAGAGAUAAAAAGACUGAGAAUGUCAAUAAAAAUUCGUCAAAGUUCGAAAUAAUGACAGAUCCCCUGCCAACGAGCGAACUUAAAGAAUGGGAAGAAAAUGCAACUGGUUGGGAGGAAGAAACUGCAGGAGAAUUUAGCGAUCCAACGGAAGUUUUACGAGAGCAGAGAAAGAGAGAGCGUGAACAACGAUUAUUCGAGCAACAAAAGAAAAGAUUGGAAAAACAUUUGAGACCACAAUUACUUGGAGCAAAAAUAACAUCUUGAUCGUACGUUCAACACGAUUAUUAUCGAGGCUUUAAUGAAUUAUCAAAUUUCCUAUCAAUGGAACAGAAAUAUAAACAUAAAUGCAAAAAGAAACACGAUAAUCGCAUAAAUAAUAAAAUGUAAAAAUGAAAUUCACGGGGAGUGGGAAUUCGAUAGAAAUUAAUUAAUUCCAGAAAUUAAUUAAUUUUAUAAUUAAUCAAAUAUAGUUCGCAAAAAUUUAAAUCGCUCCUUACGAAGAAAAAGACUGCAGAUAAUAAACUCCAGUGAUGAUGUAUUUUUUACUACCAUCAAUAAUAAUCAAAUUUCUACUGUAUAAACAAAAAAAAGAAAUCGCCUUGAAAAUAUUUCAACAUUUUUGCGUAAUUCAUGUUUCAUUCAUAAAUGCCAAAUAAAAAAAAAAUUUCUAAAUUUUAUCUUGAGCACGAAUAGAAUAUUUAGGGCACAAAUAAUAUAUUUUUUAGCACAAAAUUGUUUUCUUUCACAGAAAGUUUGAAGAAGAUUGUAAAGUUUUUUUUAAGGAGAAUUUAUAAAGAUUUGAGAAAAAAAAACUUUAAAUAGAAGGAAAUUCAAUGUUCUAAUCAAGUUUUCUUCUCUUUUUGUUAAACUUGUUUUUUCCCUUCGUUUUUUAUGGACUGAUAAAUAAGUUCAAUGUAUAAAUAAUUUUAUAUUCUAGCAUUACAGUUUACCAAUUAUUUAACUCUUUAAAUUCUUUCAAAUUUUAUAUUCAAUAUUAUUUAAAUUAUAUGAACAGUAUUUCCUUUAAUUAUAUUCUAGUCUUUCUUUAUUCGAUAUUUGAUGAUUUUUUGCAUUUGGAAUGCUAUUUCUAAUUUUCUAAUUUACGAAAAAACUUUUGACUUAAAUAUAAUUAUGAACAGGACACAUUUUAUUGCUUCCAUUUUUAAUGUCACAUUUAUAAAGAAAACAACAGUUUUUGUAAAAGAAGAUCAAGAAAAAGAGUUUAUAUUCAAAACCUUUUUAGAAAUACUGUAAAAAUAUCAUCGUAGUUUGUAUAAAAAAUAUCGUUCACAUUCCUGAAGAAUGUCAAUUUGUUCAUUUUUUUUUACAAAUGACAUUAUUGUUUUAAUUAAUUUUUUAAGCGUUAUUGUAUAAAAUAUUCUUAAUAGUUUAAUAUUCUUAUGAGUUUGUAUUGUAAUAAAAGAAGUUAAUCUUGUC